AUGAUGGAGUGCUUCGGCAUCUCCUGCUUCGAGGAGCCACAGGAGGAGGAGGAGCUCGUCGCCGCACCAAACGAACCAAAGAAGAAGUCGCCCCCUCCAAAAAAACUCAGGAAGAAGCGCUCCGUCAAGUUCGCCGCGCCGUCGGAGAAGUCCUCGAAGAAGCUCAUUCCGGCCCCACCGCCCUCACCACGACCCGUGUGCUCCCUACCGGCGCCGACGGACGUGGUCUGGGGGCCCCUGGUGGACAUGAUGCCCCUCACGCCGGACAAGGAGCUGGCCUUUUUUGAGUUGCUGCACUCCCACCCGUCGCAAAAACUUCUAGAACCAUCAUCGACGGACGGUAGCACAGUAAUGAUGUUCGCCGCGGAGUAUCAUGCGCAUCUGGCCGGAAAGAUGAUUUUUGUCCACUGCCAGCGCUAUGGGCAGCGGUACGAGUUAUUGACUCUUAGGAAUAAUGCGGGCAAGAACGCGGCGUGCUACGUGCAUGAAUUGGAUCCGGAAUUACCAGUCAUGAAGCUCUUCGAGGAGGAGAUGCGGAAGAACGGUGUUGAUAGAGACAGCGAGCACGCUCGAAUUCUGGUGCCGAAGAAGAAGAAGAAGAGUCUAGGGGUGAAACGGGCGAUGGGGCUCAAGAAGGACAAGCCCGACCCGCGCGCCGGCCGGCCGGGGCUCGUCGCGCAGCAGUCCGUGCGCUUCCAGAACAUGAACGUUCGGUCAUAACAACAA